UCGACGCGCGCACUCCCUGUCGACGACCCGUGAAGCUUUGAUGAUACACAGAGAGUUUUUUUUCAUCGAGGGUUUGAAGAAUUCUGCCUAAAAUUGUAGUAAUAAUGUGUUGUGCGCGUGUGAUGGAUAUGUAAACUACUACGUCAUGCUGUGAAAGAGGUAGCUAAAAUACAGCGCUGGUACAGCUCUCAGAGAAGCGAGUGUUAAAACUUCGAAAUGUCGAAGCAGACGGAGCGACAAAGUUACGCACAGACAUACAAGCUCGUUGUCGUAGGGGGUGGUGGAGUUGGGAAAUCCGCGAUAACUAUACAAUUCAUUCAGAGUUACUUUGUCACUGAUUAUGACCCAACAAUUGAAGACUCGUACACAAAACAGUGUGUUAUUGAUGACCAACCAGCGAAACUUGACAUCCUUGAUACAGCUGGCCAAGAAGAAUUUAGUGCCAUGAGGGAACAAUAUAUGAGAUCUGGUGAAGGUUUCCUUCUUGUAUUUGCUGUGACAGAUAAAGCAAGUUUUGAUGAGAUAUAUAAAUUCCACAAACAGAUAUUGAGAGUGAAGGACAGAGAAGAAUUUCCAAUGCUGAUGGUGGGAAACAAGGCUGACCUAGAGCAUCAGCGUGUGGUUAGUGUUGCUGACGCUCAUGCUCUGGCAAGUCAGCUGAAAAUUCCUUACAUAGAAUGCAGUGCUAAACUGCGCACAAAUGUUGACCAAGCUUUUCACGAGCUGGUACGAAUAGUGCGCAAGUUCCAGCUUUCAGAAAGGCCUCCUCUUAAGGCUAACUACAAGAAGAAUAAAAAAAAAUGCUCAAUCUUGUAACACAAACAGUAAUUUCAUCAGAGUUUUCAUGGAUGUU